UAUCAUCUAACGUCAAAAUUAAUUUAAUUUUAUGUGCACAAUUUAUUUACCUUUUAUUCCUAUCCAAAAAGGGUAAAGAAAAGGAAAAAAGAAAAACAUUUCUCGCUAAAUCCGUCAAGUCAAUUUCUAAAACGAAGACGGGAAGCCGUUUCAACCCGAGUAGCUAAAGCUUAAAGCUAAUCCUCUUCCAUUAUUUGAUUAAAAGAAAAAGAAAGCCCAUUGAUCAAGUCUCAUCGCCAAAGAUCACCGCUGGUUUUGGGGUGCCUUCAAUCCAUCCCUGAAAUCUGGUUCCCCAUUCCGUCCCCAGCUCAGCUCUCUUUCUAAAAUACAACUCCUGAUUUAGCUUUUUAAUUUUUGUGGAUCAAGAUGCCAGAGAGGUCAAAAUCUUCUUCUGUAAGUAAUCUUCCACUCAUCCUGGACAUUGAUGACUUUAAGGGUGAUUUUUCAUUUGAUGCAUUAUUUGGGAACCUGGUUAACGAGCUCCUGCCAUCUUUCCAAGAAGAAGAAGCAGAUACAGCAGGUGGACAUGGCCUUGGUGGGACUGAGGCUCUACCAAAUGGACAUGCCCGUGCCUCUUCCGAUGCAGCAAAAUUUGCACAAGGAGACUCUAUCCCUCUAUUUCCAGAAGUAGAUGCUUUGCUAUCACUGUUCAAGGAUUCUUGUAAAGAGUUGAUUGAUCUUCGAAAGCAGGUUGAUGGAAGACUCUACAAUCUCAAGAAAGAGGUUUCUACUCAAGAUGCUAAGCACCGGAAGACACUAACUGAGCUGGAAAAAGGAGUAGAUGGAUUGUUCGACAGCUUUGCGAGACUGGAUUCACGUAUUUCAAGUGUUGGGCAGACUGCUGCGAAAAUAGGAGAUCAUUUGCAGAGUGCAGAUGCUCAGCGUGAAACUGCUAGUCAGACCAUAGAGCUUGUAAAGUACUUGAUGGAGUUUAACAGCAGUCCGGGCGAUCUAAUGGAACUCUCACCUCUAUUUUCUGAUGACAGCCGUGUUGCUGAGGCUGCUUCAAUUGCACAGAAAUUGCGAUCAUUUGCUGAGGAGGAUAUUGCCAGAGCUGUACCGUCAGUUGUGGGAAGUGCAACUGCCAGCAGAGGAUUGGAAGUUGCUGUUGCUAAUCUUCAGGAGUACUGCAAUGAAUUGGAGAACAGAUUGUUAUCUCGGUUUGAUGCUGCAUCACAGAGAAGGGAGUUGUCUACCAUGUCUGAAUGUGCUAAAAUUUUAUCUCAGUUUAACAGGGGCAGCAGUGCCAUGCAACAUUAUGUGGCAACCCGUCCAAUGUUCAUUGAUGUAGAAAUCAUGAAUUCAGACACCAGAUUAGUUCUUGGCGACCAGGGUUCUCAAGCUAGUCCUAGCAAUGUCGCUCGUGGGCUUUCUUCAUUAUACAAAGAAAUCACAGAUACUGUGCGCAAAGAAGCAGCAACAAUUAUGGCAGUAUUCCCGUCUCCUAAUGAUGUUAUGUCAAUUUUAGUUCAGCGAGUUUUGGAGCAGAGAGUUACUGCUCUUUUAGACAAAUUAUUACUGAAGCCAUCUCUUGUGAAUCCUCCUCCCAUGGAGGAAGGCGGACUUUUAUUGUAUUUGAGAAUGCUAGCUGUGGCAUAUGAGAAGACCCAGGAACUUGCUAGAGAGCUACGAGCCGUUGGAUGUGGUGAUUUGGAUGUUGAAGGUCUCACAGAGUCUCUAUUUUCAUCUCACAUGGAUGAAUAUCCUGAACAUGAACAAGCAUCUCUCGGACAACUGUAUCAAGCAAAGUUGGAUGAACUGCGUGCUGAAAACCAGAAUGUUUCUGAUUCAACUGGAACUAUAGGGCGCUCUAAAGGGACUUCAGUGGCUUCUUCGCAUCAGCAAAUAUCUGUUGCAGUUGUGACAGAGUUUGUACGGUGGAAUGAAGAAGCAUUAACCAGAUGCACUUUAUUUUCGUCUCAGCCUGCAACACUUGCAGCCAAUGUAAAAGCAGUGUUCACUUGCCUACUUGACCAAGUCAGCCAAUAUAUUACUGAUGGACUGGAACGGGCUAGAGAUAGCUUGACUGAGGCUGCAGCCAUGAGGGAAAGGUUUGUGCUAGGUACAAAUCUUAGUAGAAGGGUGGCUGCUGCAGCUGCUUCUGCGGCAGAAGCUGCAGCAGCUGCUGGUGAGAGCAGUUUCAGAUCUUUCAUGGUUGCUGUACAGCGUUGUGGCAGUAGCGUGGCCAUAGUUCAGCAAUACUUUGCAAAUUCUAUAUCUCGGCUCUUAUUGCCUGUUGAUGGUGCUCAUGCUGCUUCUUGUGAAGAAAUGGCUGCAGCAAUGUCUAGUGCAGAGGGUGCUGCUUAUAAAGGGCUUCAGCAAUGCAUUGAAACUGUGAUGGCUGAGGUUGAACGAUUAUUAUCAGCUGAGCAAAAGGCAACGGAUUACCGCUCACCUGAUGAUGGAAUGGCUCCGGAUCAUCGUCCUACAAAUGCCUGCACAAGAGUUGUUGCUUAUCUUUCUCGGGUUCUGGAGGCUGCGUUCACUGCACUAGAGGGUCUUAACAAACAAGCAUUCCUGACUGAACUGGGAAAUCGCUUGUACAAAGGACUACUUAAUCAUUGGCAGAAGUUUACUUUUAAUCCGAGUGGAGGACUAAGACUGAAGCGUGACAUAACAGAGUAUGGAGAAUUUGUGCGUAGUUUUAAUGCUCCUUCUGUUGAUGAGAAAUUUGAACUCCUUGGAAUCUUGGCCAAUGUUUUUAUCGUUGCUCCUGAAAGUCUGUCCAGUUUGUUUGAGGGCACACCUAGUAUCCGGAAAGAUGCACAAAGGUUUAUUCAGCUUAGAGAAGACUUCAAGAGUGCGAAGCUUGCAUCUAGGCUCAGCUCUUUAUGGUCGGGUUCUAGUUGAUGUAGAGGUGGGGUUGUUGUUGGUAUUCAAAUAUGUAGCUCUCUUUGUUUGUCGUUGUUUUUGGACAAUUUAUCAUCUCAACUCAAGCAUUUUCCUUGGUUUUGAGGCCCCAAUACCAAGCAAGAGCUGAUUCCAGAGAAUACAUAA